GCUCCUCCAAGUGGAACGAAGGUUGACGAUACCCCGUACCAAUGGCAGAACGGCAACGAAGACCAGCAGAAAUUUCAAUGAAGAAAUGACAACCCUAGAUUCCUUCGACUUUGUAUCCCCCCUUCUCUGGAUUUUGUUAUCACUUACAGAGUUUAAUUUCGAAAAAUAUAUCUAUAAACUGUAAAUAGCUCAAAAACCUCUCAAAAAAUUGUUCAUUAUAUCUCGGCCAAAACCCUAAAAUUUCUCUGGAAAACCUGUUAGCCACCAUGAAGCCCUUCAGAUGGAGGUCAGGGGUUGUCUGGCUGUUUCUGAUUUUGUCAGUAUUUGAUAAUGAUCGCGUCUCCGGAGAGCCGAGAUCUCAAUCUUCAAAAGAAGCUUAUGUGACGCUUCUCUACGGCGACGAGUUCCUGCUCGGCGUUAGGGUUCUCGGCAAGUCUAUCCGCGAUACUGGAACCACCAAGGAUAUGGUUGCUUUGGUCUCCGAUGGUGUCUCCAGCUAUGCCAAACAGCUCCUUCAGGCAGAUGGAUGGAUUGUGGAAGAAAUUAGUUUAUUGGCCAACCCAAACCAAGUGAGACCGACGAGAUUCUGGGGCGUCUACACGAAACUUAAAAUCUUCAAUAUGACUAACUACAAGAAAGUGGUGUAUCUUGAUGCUGAUACAAUAGUUGUAAAGAGCAUUGAAGAUUUAUUUAAAUGUGGAAAGUUUUGUGCAAAUUUAAAGCAUUCAGAAAGGUUGAAUUCGGGUGUUAUGGUUGUUGAGCCAUCUGAAGAAGUUUUUAAGGAUAUGAUUAGCAAGGUUACCACUUUGCAUUCAUACACUGGAGGUGAUCAAGGAUUUCUCAACUCCUACUAUGCUGGGUUUCCUAAUGCUCAUGUGUUUGACCCAAACUUGCCUCAAGAUGUCUUAAAUUCUAGACCAGUUCCUAAAAUGGAGAGACUUUCUACUUUUUACAAUGCCGAUGUUGGCCUGUACAUGCUUGCUAACAAGUGGAUGGUUGAUGAGAAAGAACUUCGUAUUAUCCAUUACACUCUUGGGCCACUCAAACCAUGGGAUUGGUGGACAUCUUGGCUUUUGAAACCGGUUGAUGUCUGGCAGAAUGCUAGGGUGCAGCUCAAGGAAAGUUUACCAGGAACCCAAGGAGGAAAAAAUCCUAAAGAUGAUUUUUUUGUCAAAUUACUUUUUCUUCUUCCGUUAUUUCUUGUACUUUCCUGCUUCUACCGGUCAUAUUUACAGACACACUCGAUUAGUGAUCACAUAAAACAUAUAUACUACAAAUUCAGAGCUGGAGGUAUCCUUCCUUACUCUGCAGUUCCUUCAUCCACCAUCAGCUCCAACCAGCAGGUUCGUAUUCUCAUCAACUUUUGGAGCAUGAUAGCAUUGAUCAAUAUUUUACUCUUCCUUCUUGGAUCCCUGGAAAUGUUUGAGAAAGAAAAUAAGCAGGAAAACAUAGAAGAAAACUGGAAAGAAAGAAUACGGUUGGGAAGAGAGAAGUCUAAAAUCAAUAAAUUUAUUUGAGAUAUUUUUUUGUACUAAUUUUUUGUCCACAUCUCUCAUGUAAGGCAUAAGAAAUCAUAUUUUUAAGUUUGCUUUGCAUUUCCCAUUUUAAAACUAAACAGUCGAAAACGAAACUCCAUCAUAAGUUUUUCCUAUUCCCAUGGCAUUCUCCAGGUUCUAAAAAUACCCUAAUCGAUGUGCCGAUUAGCCUAAUUCUAGUGAUUUAGUAGAUGGCUUUCUUAAACCGUGCCAAGUUACCAACUCAUGAGCAAACAUAUAUCAACUUUGCACGUGCAUAUAGGGUGUCAUACUGACAUGAACUUGCGAUAAAUGCACUUAACAAAUGGUGCACAUUUUAAGGUACCUUCUUACCUGUGUGGGAUGUCUAUCUGUGUCUGUUUUGCUGCUGCUUUGUGGUCUCUCGGGCUCUCACUUCUGAUCAUCCCUCGUCAAGUAUUGCCUUGGACUGGGCUCAUUCUUAUGUAUGAGUGGACAUUCACACUUUUCUUCAUCUCGUUUGGAAGUUAUUUGAACUUAGUCCAGAAACGGGGAAAGCUUAUGGGAAACCAAGUGGGCUCUUCUCGAGUUGAAUCUUUGGCAUAUGAUUCAGCAAAAGCUCAUCAGCGGCAGCAGUCAUGUUGUGACAUGGCUGCAUGGAACUAUAGUUUGGGAAUGGCUUUUCUUGCCAUUGCAACUCCAUCACUGCCUUGUCUUCUUGGGGUCACUUCACUAUUUUUAAGGUUGGGUUUGAUGGUGGCGGGAGGGAUCGUUCUUGCAUCGUUCAUGACGUAUGCGUCUGAGCAUUUGGCAAUUAGAUCAUUUGUACGAGGUUUAGAAGAGAAAGAAACGUUGAGGAGCAGU